AGUAGUUGACUCAUCGUUUCAUUUACAACAUUUACGAAUGGAAAACUCAGACACUGAUUCAGAAGUUUUCUUUUGGUUUCAAAACCAAAGCCAUAAGUUUCCUUCUUCUUGCUUUCCUCCGAGCUCUCACUCUGCUUUUUAUGGAUCUAGCUCAAUGAUCAACACAGAGACUACCACUAUGGACGAAGAAGAAGUUUGUGAGAGCUACAUGAUGCGUGAGAUAACCAAGAAACGGAAGCUAACACCAGUCCAAGUGCGUUUACUAGAGGAGAGUUUCGAAGAAGAGAAAAGACUUGAACCAGACAGGAAACUCUGCCUGGCAGAGAAGCUAGGGCUCCAGCCGAGCCAAGUCGCUGUCUGGUUCCAAAACAGAAGGGCUAGAUACAAGACCAAACAGCUCGAGCACGACUGUGACUCCCUUAAAGCUAGCUAUGCUAAGCUCAAAACUGACUGGGAAAUUCUCUUUCUACAAAACCAAACCCUCAAGAACAAGGUCGCUCUUCUCAAAGAGAAGCUGCGAAUGCAAGAGAAUCUUGAAACACAGUCUAUUGAGAGGAAAAGACUUGGGGAAGAAGGUAAUUCGGUGAAAAGCGAUAACACGCAGUACAGUGAAGAAGAAGAUCUGGAGAAUCAAUACAGUUUCCCGGAGCUUGCAGUUCUCGGAUUUUAUUAUGAUCCAACCUUAACUGCUUCAAAUCUAAGGUUGUGAUAGUCUAGGUCAACGUUCCGUGUGCCUCAAGAUAUCUUCUCUGUCUCCAUCCUUUUUUCUUAGACUUCAUAUUCUAAGAAAAAAUUAGUAAUAUUUUCAUUGAUGGAAUAAAAUAUCAUCAACUGC